AUGACUUCAAUUAUUUUCUUAGGACUUGUCUUUGCAAUUUUCCUUCUCUUCUUUCGUAAAUCUAGGAAGGUCAAGCCUAGCACAAACCUUCCUCCGGGUAAAACCGGCUGGCCGAUUCUUGGUGAAACUUUAGAUUAUGUCCGACGCCCUGCUGAAUUUAUACGUGAUCGAAUGAUGAAACACUCUCAUGAUGUCUUCCAAACUUCAUUGGCAGGGGAAAAAAUCGCGGUUUUUUGUGGUCCAUUAGGUAACAAGUUCAUAUAUUCAAAUGAAGACAAAUUUAAGCCUUGGUUACCUCACACCUUUGUGAAAGCUCUCUCUCUGAAAUCAAUUGACCGCGAUACCCCAUCACUUAAAUUGUUCGUAGAGCAAUUACUAAACUUCCUUAAGCUCGAGUCCUUGCAACAAUAUAUUCAUGUUAUGGAUUCAAAGACACGCGAUCAUGUAGAGAUGUAUUGGGUGCCUUACGAUGAAGUAAAGGUUCAAUUUUUAUCUAAAGAGUUCACCUUUGAACUCAUUUGUCUUUUGUCGUUUAACUUCCAUGAGAUAGAUCAAGUGAAGGAAUUAGCUGAGCGUUUCAAUACUUUGGUUAAAGGGCUUAUGUCCGUGCCAGUGAACUUGCCUGGUACGCAAUACAAUCGGGCUAUGAAGGCGUCGAAGGCUGUCCUAGACAAGCUGAUUGAUUUAAUUAGGAAGAGAAAAUUGGAAUUGUUAGAAAAUGAUAUGAAUAAUCGCGAUCAAGAGAUUCAAGACGACCUAUUGACUCGAGUGCUAAGGGCUUCGGAUAAAGAAGGCGUGGCUUUUGAAGACGACGAGUUAGCUGGUCUAAUUCUUGGUGUCUUGUUUGCUGGAUUAUAUACUUCAAGCAGUGCCAUCACAUUUGUAAUUAGUCACCUUGCUGAAUAUCCCCAUGUUUAUGCUAGAGUUUUACAAGGUAUUUCGCAAUAUACAUGA